UGUAUUUUUAGCCAACCAAGCAAUAUAGCAGAUUCUAUAGUAUGGGCUCAUAAAAAAAGGCUUGAAAUGAGAGGAGAAGGAGAAAGUUCUACUAUUGAAGUAAAGAACAAGCCUAAGCUACAAUCCAACCCUCUCAAAAACUUCCAACUUCCUGGAGAAGUAAUAUCUGAUAAAGUUCUAAAAGCAAGACAAGGACUCUUGUUGUUAAAAUCAAAACUUAACCGCCAGACAACAUUCAGCACAGAUUUUAAAGCUCCUAAAAGAGGGACUCGACCUGAAGUCAAUACAAAUAUCUUCAAACCAAGCCUAAAACAGCCAAAUUAUCGUAAAACUUUCCAGCCAAAAUUCGAAGAUGAUAAAUUUAAUACUCCAUCAGCUUCUUCUAAGCCAGAAACUCAGGCUGCUCAUCGAGUAGACCAAUUGCCUACAGCAAUUGAAUUACCUCCAAGUUUGCCUGUUGCUCCAAAGCAUGAGGAGACUAAGAUGGAAGCUCAAGAAAAUCCUUCGAAAUUUCCUACUGCAAGGAAGCCUCAGCCUCGAGAAAGAAGAGCUGCUCCAAAGCCGAAAGUUGAGGAAUUUACAAAGCCUCCUCCAGUUGCUCAUAACUCUGAAGGGACUUUGAUCAUGCCAGUCACAGAGACCUUCGAGAAGUCAGCUUCUCAAGUUUCCAAGCCUCUUGGAAACUUCAAAGUUAAGGAAGCUUCAAUGGUACAGAUGCCUACAGAGAGUUUUGUAGUUAAUUCAACACAGAAUAAACCUCCUGCUGAGAUGCCUAGAAAUGCUCAGAGUCCGGAAGGCUCUAACUUUAGUGGAGGAUCUCCGACUUUACCCCCUGAACAAGCUUCUGAGGAUGUACCUCUCUCUUCCUGCCACUUAUGAGGCAGAACUUUUAAUGAAAAAGCGCUGGGGAUUCAUUUAAAGAGUUGUAAGGGAAAGACCAAACCAAAAACAAAAGUACCUAAGACUGUUCCUAAAAAGAAAGCUGUUAACUCGAACAAAUGGAGGUCUGAGAGUGAACAAUUUAGAGCAGUAAUGAAAGCAGCCAGAACUGGAAAACCAAUGGAAGUCCAGAUUGUUGAUGAUGGACUAGUUCCUUGUCCACAUUGAAAAAGAACCUUUAAUGAGCAUGCAGCGAAGAGGCAUAUCGAAGAUUGAGGUACAAGAGCGAAAUUUAUGGCCAAUAGGAAUAAGAAAAGAAGAUAA